CAUCUCCGUCUAAAAUUUGCUUUUACAUCAUUCCUUUUUUAUUUUCAGUGUUGGCUGUGCUGUCUGUCACUCAUUCAGAUUCAAUUCUUCUUCUUCCUCCUCCUAUUGCUGCCCCUAUUCCUGCGUGACAAAUGGAGGGCUCAAAGGAAAAUCAUGUGCUUCCGCUUCAGAUUCCGCUCAUAGCCUCCUCAAACGUUCAAGGCUGUUCAAGAAUGGAGGGUGGUGUCACUGUCCAUCACCGGCUGCCUCUCAGCAACAUCAAUCACAAUAUUAUGGAUUCUCUCGUCAACAAAUUAGAUCUUUCCCGCAAGUGUUCGUCACACACCGUUGGCCACUACCCUCAAGGAACUAGGAAACAGAAUCUGUUAGCUCCUACCUCGAGUUACCCGUUGGAUUGUGCUAUCGUAAAUAUUCAUGAUUACGAGGAUUCCAGUGACAAUGCAAUUCCAGUAUUUGUGAAGCAUACUGAAGCAAUGCUUGACGAAAUUGAUAGGAUAGACGAAGUUGAAAUGGAAGAUGUGGAGGAACCUGUUAUGGACAUUGACGCCUGUGAUAGGAAUGAUCCGCUUGCAGUUGUUGAGUACAUAGAUGAUAUCUACUCUUUCUACAAGAAAAUUGAGAAUUCUAGCUGCGUCUCUCCAAAUUAUAUGACCUGUCAGUUUGACAUUAACGAGAAGAUGAGGGCCACUCUUGUUGACUGGCUUAUUGAGGUUCACUACAAAUUUGAGCUUUUGGAGGAGACAUUGUUCCUUACUGUCAAUCUCAUAGACAGGUUCUUGGAGCGUCAGGCAGUGAUCAGAAAGAAACUUCAGUUAGUUGGUGUAACAGCUAUGCUAAUAGCUUGCAAGUAUGAGGAGGUCUCCGUCCCAACUGUUGAGGACUUCAUUCUGAUAACAGACAAGGCAUAUACAAGAAAUGAAGUUUUAAAUAUGGAGAAAUUAAUGGUGAAUACCUUACAAUUCAAGUUGUCUGUGCCUACUCCAUACGUGUUCAUGAGAAGAUUUCUUAAGGCAGCUCAUUCUGACAAAAAGCUGGAGCUCUUGUCCUUCUUCUUGAUCGAACUAUGCUUGGUGGAAUGUAAAAUGCUCGAGUUUUCACCAUCUUUGCUAGCUGCUGCAGCCAUAUACACAGCUCAAUGUAGUCUCUACCAGUUUAAGCAAUGGACUAAGACCACUGAGUGGUAUACUGAUUACUCAGAAGAGCAGCUUAUAGAAUGCUCGAGGCUGAUGGUUAUUUUCCAUCGGAAAGCUGGAUCCGGGAAACACACUGGCGUGUAUAGGAAGUACAGUACUUGGAAGUAUGGCUGUGCCGCAAAAUUAGAACCAGCCCUGUUUCUACUGGACAGUUAA